CUGCAGACACACACAUCAUGGGGGGGAUUGAGGACAAAAUUGCCGCUGCGGCGCAAGUGUUCAUCGCCAGUGCGAUCGAACGAAGCGACAGCCAGCACCCACUUCAUCUAGCAGAGAUCUUCCGCGCGGCCGGACAAGGUUCCAAUGCCGUCCGAUGGAUGAAGGAGGUGCACGAGCUGAUUCGCACUGACGGCCGGCUCAAUCAAGUUGGCAAUGUCUUCAAGGUUGUGCCAGGUGUCGAUCCAAGCGCUCCUCCGCGCGACAUUCCCGCGAUUAAUGGUAGGGCAACGGUAGCUCCAGUGCCCACUUCUUCACCGCCGGCGGUUCCCGCACCUUCGUCGCAUUAUUCACCUGCGCAUGUUACCCCAGCGGUACCGUCGACGACCUCCACACCUCCACUUCCUCAUGCAUCGCCGCCCCCCGCGACUAAUCCGUCGUCUGUACCCACCGCCGUUUCCCCUGCACCCGCUACUGCGUCGACUUCUCCUCCCAAACCCACCACGUCCAACCGAGACCCCGUGCCGGACGAGUCAGCCCUCCUCCCGUUCCUCGCAUCAAGCAAAGCCAUCCGCGUCGGGUCGGUCAGCACCAUGGGCCAAUUUCAAACCCUUCUCGAGCGCUUCCACGACACGUUCUCCCCGUUAGCGUCGUUUCGUGACUGGUGGAAGGCCCAUGCAGACGUUGCCGCGUCGGUGAUUUUGGAACGCCUUGAGUUCCUCGAGCUGGUUCGCAUCGAGUCGGUCGACGUGUCGUCGCGUAAACUGGUGUGGGACAUGCACGCUCUGGGUAAGCAUGCAGCGCCAGCUCCGUCGACUGCGACCGCUGCGGCGACGACGCCCUCAUCGGGAUGGACCACCGCCAUGCUCGAUCGAGACUUGCCGCUCGUGAAGAAGAGCGUGCUCCACCAACUGCGGCUGUUUGCAUGCUACCGGCUGCAAAACAUCCACCACAUGAUGCAGUCCAAGUACCCGCCGCCGCAAUCGUUCCAGUUGGACUCGUAUGUCGACCACAUUGUGCACGAAAUCGAAGAAGACAAGCGCCUCGUCAUCACCCACGACGACUCUGGCAACCCCGCGUUCACAUGGGCUGAACCCGCCAAAGCGCAAGCGCUCCUCAAGGACCCCCUCGUUCCCAAUAACCGCCACGCCCUGGAAGCUGCCGCCGUCGCCGCCGCCGCCACCGCCGCCGCCGUCCUCGAACACCAAGAUACCGUUGCCACGUCGUCGGUCGUCAAGCCUGGCGCUGUCACAGACUCUUCAGCAGUGUGGAUGGACGCGGUGGUGGCCGCGCUAUGGAACGAACAUCGCAUGCGCGUCCACGUGCAAGGCGAUGUGCUGUGCCGGACAACGGACGACUUGUCGAAGAAGCGACCGCGGGCAUCCCCCGAGCGUCGGUCGCCGACUUGGGACACUUCGCCAGCUCUACCCACGACGGAUGACCAAGACACGGAAGACGAAAGCAGCGAACUACCUGCCCAUAAGAAAACGCGUCGAUUGCACGAGGUGCGGCAGCCAGUGAUUGAAUGGUCGACACCGCCGCAGUUUCAAUUGCCGGCGAAUGUGCCCGUGCGGCCGUAUGUGGUCGAAUCCACUGAGCACAACUGGCAGACCCAACGUGCGCGGUUCUUGACGUCGAACGUGGAAGUGCCGUACCAGCAGGCGCCGGACCUGCCCACGAAGCCAAUUGCGUUGGACUACCAAUACGUCCAAGGCUGAAGAUAUAUUGAUGAUCAUGGCAAAGAAGUCCAAACGAUUCAUUCACAUGCUGGUUUUAUGAAUUGCGAUAUAUAUAUAUAUAAAGUACUACCAGUACUAGUACUAGUAAGUAGGCGUAGAAUAGAUUAUACAAUUGAAACAAGCGAGACAAGGACGCAGCAUAUAGAGCAACAGUUCACAGUACAAGGUCGUAGGCAACGCAAUCGAUUGACGCUAGAGAUGAGAGCAAUACAGACAGUAUUGACAAACUCGAUACGGAUAGUACGACUGGCAUAAAGGGGGUGCGAUAGAUUGAGGGAUGUGCCGAGUCGUCGGCGAUUCCAGCUCAAAACGCCCUUGUCAACCAUCAGACCGACGCCGACGAACUCACGGCCUUGUAGCGUAUCCACCCUAGAGACACGAGGAGUUAUGCGCUGGUGUGGUAUGGGGAGUCAAUAUAGGAUGGUCGGCUGUGAGUGCCGCGUUACUCAACCGACGACCUGAUGUCUUGCAUCUCCUCGGAACUACUACAUAUUCAAGGCUCAAAUGCAUUUG